AUGUCCACCGGAGCUCUCGCCGUCGUCCUGGGAAACUCACCAAACACAUUCACCGGCCUUCAAACCAUCGGUAAAAUCGUCUUCAUCUUCGACAUCAUCCUGUUCCUCCUCUUCACAGCCCUCAUGAUCACGCGCUUCUGCCUCGUGCCACGGAAACUCAUGGCCUCGCUGCACCACCCCGUCGAAGGACUCUUCCACGGCACAUACUGGGUGUCCGUCGCACUAAUCCUCAACUGCGCGUAUCUCUACGGCCACAGCGAAACAGGCACCUGGCUCACCAAAGCCCUGCGCGUGUGCUUCUGGAUAUACUGCGCCAUCGCCUUCUCCGUGUCCAUUCUGCAAUACAGCAUGUUUUUCCGCCUCGAGCGGCUAAACGUCACCGACGCCGUGCCUGCCUGGAUUUUCCCCAUCUACCCUUUACUCGUCGUGGGCACGUUGGCCGGCACGAUUCUCCCCUCCCAGCCAGAUUCCGCCAGCUGGCAGAUUUUCAUCGGCGGCAUAUGUUUCCAAGGUCUCGCGUGGCUGAUUAGUUUCCUCAUGUACGCCAUCUACAUGCAGCGCCUUAUGACGUCCCAGCUCCCUUCCCCGACCGUCCGGCCGGGCAUGUAUGUCUCGGUAGGGCCCGCAGGAUACACGGCCGCGGGACUUUUUUCGCUGGCUAAGCAGGCCCCGCGCCUCAUUCCGCCGGAUUACUUCACCGAUACAACUGUCCCUGAUGGCGAAAUUGUGAAGAUCAUGGGUAUCAUGGCGGGGUUGUUUAUUGUGCUUUUUGCGUACUGGUUCUUUUUCAUCACGACGGUUACCAUCAUCUCCGGCCUCAUCAGUAAGAAAAUGUCCUUUUCGCUGAAUUGGUGGGCAUUCAUCUUCCCCAACGCGGGCCUCACGCUCGCGACGAUCCAGGCGGGGAGUGCGCUCAAGAGCAGCGCGAUUGAUGGCGUGGCUAGCGGGUUGACGGUCAUGCUGGUGGUGUUGUGGUUUGUCACGGCAUCGUUUUGCGUGCGCGCUUUGUGGCAGGGGGAUGUCAUGUGGCCGGGGAAAGAUGAGGAUAAGUCGAUGGAGAGGCUGGCGUGGGGGUGGAGGGGGAACAGGACGAAUCCGAACGCGAAGCAUUUACGGCGGAUUCCUACGGAUCAGCUGCCCUAGGAGGGAAAACAUCGUGGUUUGAAUGGGCAUUUCUGGGCGUUGAAGCGUUUAAGCGUUGUUUCGUGCUUUGGAAAAGUAUACCACAAUAUCCUUUUAUACAAUAUUUAAUCGCUGUACAGACUACGGAACAGCAUGCUC